CGCCGAUCAAAGCCGAUGAUCGGUUCAGACGCAUAAAUACGUAACAUGUGGACUAUCGUACCGAGGAAAACAAUCGUUAGCAGCGGAUUCAUUAUCAUCUUCGUCUUUCUUUUUCCCUUCGGCGAGGAAGCGGACGAUGCAUCAAGACAGCGUGCAGCAGGACCGGGUUCUCGAACAGGCCCCAGAGCCUGAGAAACUAGUCGUGGCAGACGACCUGAAGGAGAAGCACCUCCACAACCAACAACAUGACGAUUCGGCAGAACUCUUCGCGGGGGACUCCUUCGCGUUCGAGUACACUGAAGAAGAAGCCACCAAAGUCCGGUGGAAGCUGGACCUGACUAUGCUCGCCAUGAUGACCAUGUCGUACUUUUUGUGCUUCAUUGACAAGGUUGCGCUGUCUAAUGCAUCAAUACUGGGCCUACGAACCGACAACCAUCUGCAUGGCCAGCAGUACAGCUGGGUGUCUGGGAUAUUUUACUUUGGCUACCUCAUCGCCCAGUAUCCGAGCUCGAUCCUGAUGCAGAAGUUGCCAAUCGGUCGGUAUUUUGGCGGCAUGGUUGCGCUCUGGGGUGUCACGACCACUUGCAUGUCGGCGACGAACAGCUUUGCAUCUCUCGCUACGGCUAGGUUCUUCCUCGGCGUAUUCGAGAGCUGUCUGCACCCCGUCCUCACCAUGCUGGUCGGCCAGUACUGGACCCGGAGGGAGCAGCCGCUACGAGCGUGUAUCUGGUGGGCUGGUGGGCCGCUGGGCGGCUUCACUCUGGACGGCAUUGCGUAUGCUGUCUCCGGCUCGAGCUCUCUGGGAUCCAAAUACGCGGAGUGGCAGGUCUUGUUCCUUAUCUUUGGGCCCAUUAGUAUCGCCUGGGGCGUGCUGCUAUUCUUCAUCCUCCCAGCGUCGCCCAUGACGGCUUGGUUUCUCACAGAACGGGAGAGGAAAGUCGCCGUCAUGAGAGUCAUCAAGAACCACACCGGUAUCGAAAAUCGCAACUAUCGGCUUUAUCAGGUGAAAGAGUGCCUGACGGAUAUCCAGCCCUGGAUUUUCUGGUCUCUGGCAUUGCUUCAGUGUGUGGUGGGGAGUGGGUUGACCAACUUCGACAAAAUUGUACUCACAGGCCUGGGCUACGAUGAGCACGAAGCUUCAAAAAUGGGCUUUGGAGGCGAUGGAGUGCAGCUCUUCUCCAUUAUAGCUACUGGCGUGAUAACACUGCGCAUACCGAACACGAGAAUCAUCACAAGCAUCGUUUCCAACAUUAUCGUCAUAAUUGGGGCUUGUCUUGUCAGCACCCAGACAAACAACCACACUCGCCUGGCCGGCCUGUAUAUCAUGUACGUCAAUACUGUGACGUAUGGGAUGGUGAUGAGCCUUGUUGCGUCCAAUAUCGGAGGCUUCACGAAAAAGGCAACAUGCAGCGUCAUGGUGUUUGUCGGCUACGCCGUAGGGCAGAUCAUCGCGCCGCAAUUCUUCCGCGACAGCGAGAAGCCGUCGUAUCCGACAGGGUUCCGAGCCUUUUACGUGUCCACGGCUCUCAUGGUCGUGAUACUCGUUGGCUUAUAUGUACACCUCUGGCGGGAGAAUGCGCGACGUGACAAGAUCAGUACUGCAUUUAAUCCUGAUGAUGAAGCCGACAUGGGCGCCUUUUUGGAUAAGACGGAUAAGGAGCAGACUUCUUUCCGCUAUGUUUUGUAAAGGCGUGGCGGCGCAGGAGGCGGUCGUCGAGAAGUCGCAACGAUAUGGGAUCUUAAGUACAACCAUGGCUGGACGUCCAUUGGCAUUUGACACAACAUGUUGGCAGAGUUUGACGACUAGGUGGAUUAGAGAG